GCAGCGGGGGCCAGGGCGGCGGGGUGGGCAGGGCCUACUGCGGAAGUCGGCAGCGCCACACGCGCGGCCAGUUCCCGGCCGCGGCCUGUGUCCGGUCUCUGCUCCUUGGGCGGCCUUGGGCCUUCGCGCUUGCUGUCUCCGUGGUCCGUGCGUGUUAGUUCGGGCCGGCGCCACGCGCGUGCUGCACCUUAACUUACGUUGCAGGAAUUCUGCAGGACCUUGCCGGGCGCACGAAGCAAAUGCAGACACGGGGAGGGCACGGGCCCUGGCCUCAGGGAGCUCACGGGGUCUAGGGCGAGACAGGCAGAGUCCGUGCCACCCUGUCGAGUCAGAGUCAGAUGCUCGUGGUGGCAGUAGUGAGGAAACCCGCCCUACGAGGUCAGAUUGCCAUCCCAGGCUCUCAACUGCCCGGUCCUCGAGGGUCUUUAUAUCACAGAACCUAAGACCAUUCAGGAACUGCUGUGUAGUCCCUCGAAGUACCGCUUGGAAAUCCUGGAGUGGAUGUGUGUUCGUUUCAGAGCUGGCAGGGGCCUCGAUCCUUUCAUUCUCAGCCUGGACUUGUGAACUGUCUUGCAUCUUGCCAUUGAGGAGUGACAAGCAGGGCCAAGACCCUGUUUCCCAGUCCUUCAGGUCAAGGAGUGCCCUGCUCAGGAAGAUGCCUGGACAGGAGCCUGGUGGUGGAGCAGCGAGGAUGCAGCCUGCACCCAGCUGGUGUACCUGCCAGGCCAUGGGACACCAGCAGGCCUGGCCCUGGGCUGGGUGUCCUACGAAUGGCUGGGAGGGAGGGGAGGCAUUUUCAUGUUUGAGCCUCUGUAUUUCCAGCAGCCUGUCCUCCAGGCCCUCCCCAGGCCCUCCCCAGGCCUCUGCUCAGAGCACUCUCGUACCCUUUUGCUCUCCCUCCCGGAAGCACCCUCAGGUCUCCGCAUAACCUUCAAAGACCCAGCUCACACGUCCCAACUCUUUUUUAAAAGUCUCCGGCUCCCAGGGCAAAACAUAUCCCUCUUUCCCCUCAGAUACCCACAACCUUUUGAGCACACCCCCUCCCAGAGCCCUCAGCCCAUUGGGUCUGUCUUGGCCUGCUGUCCUGUCUGGCUCUCCAAAGCACUGGGAGCUGCUGAAGGGCAUGUGCCAGGCAGGACUUGUGUGUCAGCCCCAGGCUGCUGCACAGUGUUGGACAUACUUGAAAUGUGCUCCAGGCUGUUGGAUGAUAAGCCCGUGCAUGGACACGUGCACACCCAUGUGUCAUUCCAGGCGCCUCAGGCAUGGACGGGUGUCCUCAAGGAGUGGGGGCUCUAGUGGCUACAAAAGGCCUAGAUGUGAAUCCCAGUGCUGGGCACACCUCUGCAGUCUGAGUGGUAUGCAUGUCGACACGGAGGAGGUGGCACUUGAUCUGGGAGGGGACAGGGUCUGUCCCUCCUGGCAGGACAAGUUCAGCUCGCUGCAGGGGGCCCCAGUUGAGGUGAAGAUCCAAGAGAUGGUGAAACUAGGCCAUGAGCUGAUGCUGUGUGGGCUGGAUGACCAGGAGCUCCUGAAGGGCCGGGCCUGCGCCCAGAAGCAGUUGCACCUCAUGGACCAGCUGCUGGAUGCAGUCCGGAGCCUGACCAUUGGAUGCUGCAGCUGCUCCAGUGUGAAGGAGCACUUCGAGGAUACGAGAGAGAAGAAUGAGGCUCUGCUGGGGGAGCUCUUCUCUAGCCCCCACCUGCAGAUGCUCCUGAGCCCAGAGUGGGACCCAUGGCCCCUGGAUACGCAGCCCCUCCUCGACCAGCAGAACGACGACUGGCAGAGGACCAGCCCCUCUGUGGAGCUGGAGGACGAGAAGGUGAUGGAGCUGGCCAGGAAGCUGCAGAAGAGCACUGCCAAGCUGCAGAUGCUCAGGGUAGAGUGCUUUGCACAGCACAAGCAAGGAGUUGCUGUGAGUGGGGCCGACACCAGCACCCUGGACCAGAAGCUGCGCCUGGUCAUCUCUGACUUCUACCAGCUCGUUGUGGCUUUUCUCCAAGUCUAUGAUGACGAGCUGGGUGAGUGCUGCCAGCGCCCAGGCCCCUACCUCCACCCGAGUGGCCCCAUCAUCCAGGCCGUGUACCAGACUCUGACUUCAUGCAGCCAACUGUUGAAAGCAGUCACGGAGGUCACUGACACCUCGGCCCAAGCCGUGGAGAUGGCGAAGCAGCAGCAGGGCGAGCAGAUCUGUUGGGGCAGCAACAACUCUGUCAUGAGUCUAGGUAUGUGGUUGCCACUUGCUGGGGCUGGUGCCUGCCUGCUCAGUGGUCAGAGGCAGGGCUGUCCCUGCGCACCUCGGCCUAGUGCCUGCCUCACAUGUGGCUCCUUCUUGCUUGACCAGCAUUUAGGGAGUAUUUGGGGAUCGUCCCUCACUUUCUUCUUCUUCUGAUGCAUAAGGUUUUUCUUCCCUUGGAAAAAAAUGCUUUCUACAGAUUAUAAAAUAAAAAAAUUAAUUUUGGGAAUUUGGGAUAACCCAAAGAUGUGCAGAGGUAUAAUAAAAACGGUCCAUAACCUGGUGGCCCAGAGAUGGUUGAUGUUAAUAUUUUGGUCUAUUUAUCUAUAUUUUUUUCCUUUCAUCAUUUUUUAUUUCUUUGUGUAAGUGUAAUCAGAACACAUAUACGCUUUUACAUUAUGUUCUUUCCCUGUGAUCACAUGAUAAGCAUUUUCCUGGGGUGCCUGGCUGGCUUUAGUCAGUAGAGAGAGCAUGCGACUCUUGAUCUCGGGGUUGUAAGUUCAAGCCCCACGUUGGACGUAGAGAUUACUUAAAAAAAUGUUAUAAGCAUUUUCCCAUGUUUUGGAAGUAACAUUUUUAAUUGUCAAACACCCUUCUGUUCAGGUAUUUGCUGUAAUUUGCUUAACAUUUUCUGUUAUCCAGCCUAUAAGUCAUUUUCAGCUUUUUACUAUUAUAUAUGAUGCUGUUGCAAGAUUUACAAUAGUGGAAAAUGGAAACAGUCCAAAGUUUUAACAUUGGGUAGUGCUUUGGUAAAUAAUGGUAUAUGUAUGUGGUGGGAUAGUGUUCGUUGUUUCAAAAGUUGGUUACAACAACAUAAAGAACUGCACGUUACAGAAUGUUAAAGGGAAACUGCAGGCUGAUCUCACCUUUGUAAAGGACAAACGUGUACAAGAACCCCUUGUGGGAAGCGAGCCAGGGCGUGGACACUGAUUUUCUGUGUGUCGGAGUCAGAGGUGGUAUCGUUCAUUUACUGUUUCUCUAUCCUGCUCUGUAGUCUUCAGAACAUGGGUCACUUAGGUAAUCCACCCCUCUCCCACUGGCAAGCUGGCCAAAAGAUGCAGGAAACAUGUUGAGACAUAAAGCGUGUUCCCAUCUUAGAUUGCGUCCUGAUGACGGGGCUCCUGGCGUCCUGGUGGUGAGGCCCAUCCCCGUUUGCUUACUGUAUCCCCAUCAGUGCCAGAUCAGAUCCUUCUGACAUUUCUGUUAUUGGAUGUGGCAGAUUGGAUCUGCAUUUAGUUUCAAUUAAACUUUUUUUCUGAGGAAAUUUAUUGUUUUAUUAUGGAAAUAUGCAUUCAGAAAAGGUCUUUUAAAAAAGAUUUUAUUUAUUUAUUUGCGAGAGAGAGAGAGAGUACAAGCAG